AUGAACUCAGCGGCGAACGGAUCCAGCAGGUCUUGGAGCUGCUUAAAUUUUACUGCGUUGAAAAUCGGAGGAAUCGUUACCUACUGUCUGAUCAUUAUCGUUUCACUGGUCGCAAAUUCUCUCAUUGUUAUCCUCGUUUGUAAAACGCCGAACUUAAAAAAACCGAUAAAUUAUUUUAUCGCAAACAUGGCCUCAACUGAUUUGUUGUAUCCACUAUCCUGGAUACCUUUGAGCCUGUCCAACUUGCACACCGACUCGUUUCUUAUCGUUGCUCAGCUUGGUCAGGCCUUGUGUAAGCUUGUUCCUUUCUUUGAUAACGUUUCCUUUGUCGUUUCGACUCAAAAUCUGAUUCUGAUAGCAGUGGAUCGAUUUGGAGCCGUGGUAUUUCUACUCCGUUCCCCACUCAUCAGAUCCAAGCUGUGUCUCUUCUUCAUUCUUGCCACGUGGGUGAUUGCCAUAGUUUUUUUUCACCAGACUUGUUCACCAUCGAGCUCGUUGAAUACCUGGAGGGAGCCUGGUGUGUACGGAAAUGGAAGAGAGUAUUCGGAGAAUCCUCGUCCUUUGCCAGUUUCCUACUACCUUACAACAUUGUGUUUGCAUACAUCCCUGUGCUGCUGUUGGUCAUUCUUUACUCCAUCAUCUUUAUCAAGGUCAAGACACAGGUACACCCAGGUGAACCGUCGACCAACAAUCAGCAACAACGGAAAAGAAGAAACAGAAACGUUCUUCAAAUGUCCAUUGCUAUCGUAA